GAGCAGCGCGGAGCAGCGCGGAGCUCGGCCGCUGCGCGGCAUGCGGGCCCUGCGGAGAGGCGCGGCCGUCCGCGCCCGCCGCACCGGGUACACCUGUCCUGCCUAGUGCAGGGUGGGAAAGGAGGCACCUGAUGAGAUUACAUACAGGCGUGGGGAAGGGAGGCGAGUGGCCUGGGAUCACUCAUCAGAUAAGGAGCUAAAUGAGUGCUUGCAAUUUUCUCAAGCUUGCUUGCAGAAACCUGCGCAUGCGUUGCAAGCAAGGUUAGAGCACAGCGAGGGAGUGCAAAGGCUGCAAAAAUGGUGUCACAGGCUGUCCUUAAAGUCGGGCAGAGCUCAUGGUGUGAUGGUAGCAUGUGUGCUGUGCCUGGCUGUGAGCUGCUGGCUUUGCCUUCCCUUCUGAUGGCGGUGGGGCAGAAUGUAGCAUGCGGCUGUGUCACGUCCCUUGGGAAUGAUGCUCAGUGCCCUGCUGAGGGAGAUGUGGCACUUAGGGAUGUGGCUCAGUGGGCAUGGUGGUGAUGGCUCAGUGGCUGGAUUUGAUGAUCUCAGAUUUUUUUUUUUUUUUUUAAUAACCUUAAUGAUUUUAUGGUUCUAUGAAUUGAGCUCUGGUCACACGUGAGCACCUCGGUGACUCCAUCUCCUCUUUAUCAAUGAAGUCAUGGAAAAGCAAACGAGCUCUUAUCUCUUCCAAGAACCGAUCGUAGGCUUCCUACCCCAACCCUUGGGUCAGUGCCAUCAGUGAGGCUCCUUUUGUUCUCAAACCUUUCUGUUUUGAACAGAAAGAGGAGAAGCCCCUAUUGUAGGGUAAAGCAGAGCUGUACUGGGGCCCUGCUCCAUAGGUGUGCUAUUUGAUUCAUCCUCUGAGAGCCUACUAGACCAGGGAGCCUGGACAGGUGUGCAGCAGGUGGUCCUUUGCUUUGCGUACAGCUUCUGUGUGUUAUAGUGCUGCUCAGGACGUCCAGUUUUCAAAAGUGAAGUGUGGUGUCUGAUGCUCCUGAAGAUAGGUGCAAUUGGGAUUGGAGGAGAUUCCAGUCUGCACUGUACAAAGGUGAAAUAAGCAAUGCGAUUUGAUCUGGGGUUAGAGACCUUUCCUUGAUUCCAUCUUUUCUUCCCAUUCUUCUUACGCCUAUUUCCUUGUUUGUUGUGCAUGGAAAGUCCAACCCGAAGCGUGUGCAUGACUUGUCUGCCUUUGUUGUACCUUAUUUAUUUAUUUAUUUUCAAUCAAACCUUCAGGUUUCUUGGGGCAGAGACCUUGUGUUCAGGCUUUUCUCUUGAGGGUCUUGGGAUGCACUCUUGCAGUUGACAGAGGGGUGAGUUCUGGGAAGCCCCAUUUCUGAGCCUGCUGACAACUGGGAAUGGGUCUUUUGGCGACCAGGACAAGGCAACCUGAUCUGUUGUUGGAGCUGGCCCUGUGUUGGGGGAGUGGUUGGCCAGGUUCAGCACCAUGAGUAGGCAGCCUGGGCGCUAGCAGUGUGAGGAGCCCAGCACAGUGCUGCUCCGCUCACACCUCGCCUCACUGCUCGUCCCCGUGGGGAGAAAGGUGCUGGCAGCCCACCCUGCCCUUCCGCCCCGCUCACCCUAGAGCGGACGGGCCCGUUAUGGCUGGAGACAGACUCCCACGCAAAGUGAUGGAUCCAAAGAAGCUGGCCAGCCUCCUGCGGAACGGAGCGGAGGGCACCCUGGUCAUCGAUAGCCGCUCCUUUGUGGAGUACAACUCCUGGCAUGUCCUCAGCUCUGUCAACAUCUGCUGCUCUAAACUGGUCAAGAGGAGGCUCCAGCAGGACAAGGUCUCUAUCACAGAGCUCAUCCAGCCCACCUCCAAGAUGAAGGUGGAGGCAGAGGAGCACCAGGACGUGGUGGUCUAUGACCAGAGCACACGGGAUGUGACCGGCUUGGCUGCUGACAGCUUCCUCUCCAUUCUCCUGGGCAAGCUGGACAGCUGUUUCCACAGUGUCUCCAUCCUCACAGGAGGCUUUGCCACCUUUUCAUCCUGUUUCCCGGGGCUCUGUGAGGGGAAGCCAGCUGCCAUCCUGCCGAUGAGCAUCUCCCAGCCCUGCUUGCCUGUGGCCAAUGUUGGCCCCACACGCAUCCUGCCGCAUCUCUACCUGGGCUCCCAGAAGGAUGUCCUGAACAAGGACUUGAUGACGCAGAAUGGGAUAAGCUACGUCCUCAAUGCCAGCAACUCCUGUCCCAAGCCAGACUUCAUCUGUGAUAGUCACUUCAUGCGCAUUCCUGUCAAUGACAACUACUGUGAGAAGCUGCUUCCCUGGUUGGAUAAAUCCAUUGAAUUUAUUGACAAGGCCAAGGUGUCCAGUUGCCAAGUGAUUGUGCACUGCUUGGCAGGGAUAUCCCGGUCAGCCACCAUCGCUAUCGCCUACAUCAUGAAGACCAUGGGUAUGUCAUCAGACGAUGCUUACAGGUUUGUUAAGGACCGCCGCCCAUCGAUCUCACCCAACUUCAACUUCCUGGGCCAGCUCCUGGAGUACGAGAGGAGCUUAAAGCUCCUUAAGGCCCUAAAGGCCCAGGGCGACCGGGGUGAAGGAGAAGCUCCUCAGGACCCAACCGAGGCAUCUGAGGCUGGCAGGCACCCCACACCGUCUACCUCAGAGAAGGUUGAGGACGUACCAAGAAGCACAACCUCUGCACCCCCACCCAGUGACCCUGAAAGGCAAGGUGGGCCACCCAAGGUCUUGUCACCCACGGCACUGCAGCAGGGACUCAAUGGCUUGCACCUUUCCUCGGAGCGCAUCCAGGACACCAACCGUUUGAAACGCUCCUUCUCCCUGGACAUUAAAUCCGCCUACUCCCCCGGCCUGCGGCAGGACCCCCCAGGCCUUCCCAGCACUGGGGAGGCCCCCAAGCUCUGCAAGUUGGACAGCCCCUCGGCAACCAGCGGCCAGUUCUCCCCAGUGCCCGACAGCCCCGACUGGCCCAGUGGGCCAGACCUCCUGCUGGAAGCCAAGGUGAGGCAGCGACGCAAGCACCGGCACCAAGCCGGCUCACCAGCCCACGGCCUCAGCCUCAACAUCGGCUCUUCCCGCAAGAGCCCUGGGGCAGACGACAGCCUCCAGCCAAGGCUCAGCCUGCCUGGCCCACCGCCGGCCUCCAAUGGCUCCUGGGGGAGCGUCCACCUCGAUUCCCCCAGCACCCCCUCCUCUGAGGGAGGAUGGUACUUCGGCACGGACUCAGCCAGUAGCGGUGGCGGUGGCACCGGCGGUGGGACUCUGUUCAGCGGCACCAGCCCGUACCCCCCGUUUGGUUGCAAUGGGAUGCCGGGGGGCUGUGAAAUCAGACUGAGGGACAAGCAGCGGGCCGAGGCACGGGAUGGGAGGCACAGCUGGCAUGAGGAAGCCGGUGCCGAGAAGCAGUUCAAGAGGAGGAGUUGCCAGAUGGAGUUCGAGGAGACCAUGUCCGAGGGCAGGUCCCGGGAGGAGCUGGGCAAAAUAGGCAAACAGUCAAGCUUUUCGGGCAGCAUGGAGAUCAUCGAGGUGUCCUGACACCCAUCGUGGGUGGUUAGAGAGAAAGGGGAGGGGGGAUAUUUAAGAU